CGGUGGGAGUGGGCGGCCGGCCUCGGCGGCGCCCCCGCGGCCUGCCCCGCGCUCGCCUCCGGGCCGCCGCGCCGCCGCUGCGAUGGGGGCCGCCCGGGGCCGCGCCCCCGCCCGGUCCCGCCCGCCGCGUCGCCGCUGAGCGCAUGGGCCGCACCGCGCCGCGCCGCUCUGGGAGCCGGUCCCGGGGCCCCGCCGCCGCCGCCGCUCGGGACAGAUUCAUUCACUUUGGAGCUGUAAGUACUGAUGUAUUAGGGUGCAGCGCUCAUUGUUCAUUGACGCACAGAGUCCCAAAAUGAAUAUCCAAGAGCAGGGUUUCCCCUUGGACCUCGGAGCAAGUUUCACCGAAGAUGCCCCCCGACCCCCAGUGCCUGGUGAGGAGGGUGAACUGGUGUCCACGGACCCCAGGCCCAUCAGCCACAGCUUCUGCUCUGGGAAAGGUGCCGGGAUUAAAGGUGAGACUUCAACAGCCACUCCGAGGCGCUCAGAUCUGGACCUGGGGUACGAGCCUGAGGGCAGCGCUUCGCCCACCCCUCCGUACUUGAAGUGGGCCGAGUCGCUGCACUCCCUACUGGACGAUCAAGACGGGAUAAACCUGUUUAGGACUUUCCUGAAGCAGGAGGACUGUGCCGAUCUCCUGGACUUCUGGUUUGCCUGCAGCGGCUUCAGGAAACUGGAGCCCUGUGACUCGAAUGAGGAGAAGAGGCUGAAGCUGGCCAGAGCUAUCUACCGCAAGUACAUCCUCGAUAACAAUGGCAUUGUGUCCAGGCAGACCAAGCCAGCCACCAAGAGCUUCAUAAAGGACUGCAUCAUGAAGCAGCAGAUCGAUCCCGCCAUGUUCGACCAGGCCCAGACGGAAAUCCAGUCUACCAUGGAGGAGAACACCUACCCCUCGUUCCUCAAGUCCGAUAUUUAUUUGGAGUACACGAGGACAGGCUCGGAGAGCCCAAAGCUCUGCAGUGACCAGAGCUCUGGGUCGGGGACAGGGAAGGGAGUACCUGGAUACCUACCCACUUUGAACGAAGAUGAGGAAUGGAAGUGUGACCAAGAUGUAGACGAAGACGAUGGCAGAGACCCUGCUCCCCCCAGCAGGCUCACACAGAAGCUGCUCCUGGAAACCGCCACCCCGAGGGCCUCCUCAAGUAGACGGUACAGCGAGGGCAGAGAGUUCAGGUAUGGAUCCUGGCGGGAGCCUGUCAACCCCUACUACGUCAACUCUGGCUAUGCCCUCGCCCCAGCCACCAGCGCCAACGACAGUGAGCAGCAGAGCCUGUCCAGCGAUGCUGACAGCCUGUCCCUCACCGACAGCAGCGUGGAUGGAGUCCCACCUUACAGAAUCCGCAAGCAGCACCGCCGGGAGAUGCAGGAGAGCGUCCAGGUCAACGGGCGCGUGCCUCUACCUCACAUUCCUCGCACGUACCGAAUGCCAAAGGAAGUCCGUGUGGAGCCCCAGAAGUUUGCCGCAGAGCUCAUCCACCGCCUGGAGGCCGUGCAGCGGACGCGGGAGGCCGAGGAGAAGCUGGAGGAGCGGCUGAAGCGCGUCCGGAUGGAGGAAGAAGGUGAGGAUGGUGAUGUGUCCUCUGGCCCCCCAGGGGCCAGUCACAAGCUGCCUUCGGCCCCGGCCUGGCACCACUUCCCACCGCGCUAUGCGGACAUGAGCUGUGUGGGGCUGCGGGACGCACACGAGGAGAACCCUGAGAGCAUCCUGGAUGAGCACGUGCAGCGAGUCAUGAGGACACCGGGCUGCCAGUCGCCGGGGCCCGGCCACCGCUCCCCGGACAGUGCGCACAUGCCCAAGAUGGGGGUGCUAGGGGGUACAGUGCCUGGGCAUGGAAAGCACGUGCCCAAGUCGGGCGCGAAGCUGGACACAGUUGGCCUGCACCUCCACAGACACGGCCACCACCAUGGCCACCAUGGCUCAGCUAGGCCCAAGGAGCCAGCUGAGGCCGAGGCCUCCCGCCGGGUCCAGAGCAGCUUCGCAUGGGGCCCAGAGCUGCACGGCCACGCGGCCAAGCCCCGAAGCCACGUGGAGAGCAUGGGCGCCGCCCCCACCACCAGUGACAGCCUGGCCUACAGCGGGAAGGCAAGCAUGACCUCCAAAAGAAACUCCAAGAAGGCCGAGUCGGGGAAGAGCACCAGCGUGGAGGCGCCAGGCCCCUCUGAGGACGCAGAGAAGAACCAGAAAAUCAUGCAGUGGAUCAUUGAGGGCGAGAAGGAGAUCAGCAGGCACCGGAAGGCUGGCCACGGGUCGUCCGGGGCAAAAAAGCAGCAGGCCCACGAGAGCUCCCGGCCCUUGUCCAUCGAGCGCCCCGGGGCCGUGCACCCCUGGGUCAGCGCCCAGCUCCGGACCUCCGUGCAGCCCUCGCAUCUCUUCAUCCAGGACCCCACGAUGCCGCCCAACCCGGCCCCCAACCCUCUGACGCAGCUGGAGGAGGCCCGCCGGCGCCUGGAGGAGGAGGAGAAGAGGGCCAGCAAGGCGCCCUCGAGGCAGAGGUAUGUGCAGGAGGUCAUCCAGCGGGGGCGCGCCUGUGUCAGGCCAGCGUGCACGCCCGUGCUGAGCGUGGUGCCAGCGGUGUCCGACCUGGAGCUCUCCGAGACAGAGACAAAAUCGCAGAGGAAGGCAGGCGGUGGGAGUGCCCAGUCGUGCGACAGCAUCGUCGUGGCCUACUAUUUCUGUGGGGAGCCCAUCCCCUACCGGACCCUGGUGAGGGGCCGUGCGGUCACCCUGGGCCAGUUCAAGGAGCUGCUGACCAAGAAAGGCAACUACAGAUACUACUUCAAGAAGGUGAGCGACGAGUUCGAAUGCGGCGUGGUGUUCGAGGAGGUGCGCGAGGACGGGGCCGUGCUGCCCGUCUUCGAGGAGAAGGUCAUCGGCAAGGUGGAGAAGGUGGACUGAUCGGCGGGCCUGGCCUCCACGCUGCGCACCACGAGGGCCUGUGCAGGGUUGCGAGAGUGUGGCAGACACGCGGCUGCUGGCGGAAGGCCGGGUGCUGCCCGCCUCACAGUCGCCACCCCUUUGGUCCAUCUCUGUCCAGGAGGGCGGGGGUCCCUCUGGGGUCCCACAGGCUUCCACCCACUCCUCUGCAGGACACUCAAGAGCCCACCCAGCAGGGAGCCCACCAUGGGGCCGCUUUGAGACCCUCCCCCACGGCCCCCUGCUGCUAACCGCGGAUGCCCCUGGCGCUCACCCCACAGGCUCUGCUUCUCCUUCUGGGACUCGCCCGCCAUGGCCUGCCCUGGUCAGGCCUGUCCCAGAGCUGGGGUGCAGGGGGCCCCAUGGGGCCUCUGUCCAUUGUACAUGUCACCGAGUGCCUUCAACACAGCUUGUCUCUUGCCUCACUGUGUGGACCCGGCGGCGGAGCACCGAGGCCCAAGCGUGGGCUCAGCGGGUCCCGGGCCCCUCCCUCCUAAGGGCCCAUGUAAAUAUGUACAUUUCUCAGGCCUGGGCCAGCGGGGAGGGGCUGCCCCAAGCCCGUUUUUCAUGCGCUGACUUGUACAAUUAUCUUUUCAAAGGUACUUGGAUAAUAAUGAAAUAAAACCAUUUUUGAAUCUUC